UUUGGACGGAUCAAUGGGCUGCUUAUAACAGCCGUAACCGGUCUAGCCCACCAAACAGUAAAUCACUCCAUUACAUUCCGUGCUGUAAACGGAGUGCAUACAAAUGGAGUGGAGAAUUUGUGGCGAUGCGCCAAACAAAAAUUUAAGAGAAUGAAUGGUACGUGCGAUGCUCACGUACAAUCAUAUCUUGACGAAUUUAUGUGGAUGCGCACCAUAGGAGAAAGAAAAAAGCGAUUCCAAAAAGCCUUGGAACUUAUACGACAUUAUUAUGCAGUUUAA